UUAAUAAUAGCAGCACUUUUGAGUUGCUUUAAGUGGCAGGACAUUUUCUCAUGGAGCUCUUGUGCUGAGAUCGGGAGGAAGAUACCCGCCAUCUGCUGCACUUGCUCGCAGACCCCCCUCCCGUACCAAGACGUGGAGUGAGAGAGGGGAGCUCAUCCAUCAGAUCCGACUUUGAUGGGGAUGUGCGUGGUGUGGACACUUGGGGGAUAAUUGCGGUGGAAGCUGAUGGAUUUUGGCAACAGAGCGUCUAACUGCAGCAUCAUUCUAGCUGACAACUUGAGGAUGAUUAUUUUUGUGUGCAAAAAAAAAAUAGUUUUCUUUUUCCCAUGCAAUUGCAGGAGCAGGGAGGUGAAUUCACAUUCGACCAAAGUAAAAGUAUGUGCUUCAGGGGGAAACUCUACACUGAAUGUGCUUCAUCUUGAUUUGUUGAAAGAGCCAGUGUGAGAGAAUCACCGUCAUUCAGUCCUCAGAUUUGUCAAUAUCAACGCUCUAUGUGGUAUUUGUACACACAAACAAUGUCCACAGAUAAAUAUUGAACGGCACUAUGUGUACGACUGGACAGAAGUGCAGUUUACAGUGAAAGCAGCAGUGUUUCAACCAUCUUGGAAUCCUAUGUCAGAAACCCCUUUCGAAGUUUGACCUGAGGGGGUGUUCCAGUUGAAAACUCCGACCAGGAACUCGGCAAUUCCAACUUCCAACAACAACUCAGUACAAACACUGUUUGUACACGAAGGAAGGUUUAUUGGCAGGAAGUGAACAAACUACCCUAGAACAAAGCCCUUUUAGUACUUUUGGCAAGGGCCUUGCAGAUAAAACAGUCUAAAGUGUGUAUUUUGCAUGUUGCGCAAAUGAAGAAGAAGAAUAACAUCUUCUUUUCUGGUACCGUCGUUCCCUAGUAUGAGAAUAGACUGCGGGCGUUGAAGAAACAUUGGGAGUAACACUUUUCUGUCGGCCAUCAGCUGACUAUAUUGGGUCUAUCUCCACCUGUGCCGUACCAUUACUCUGGUACUCCAAGGGUAGGGUACCGUCAAAUGGGACAGUUGGUGCUGGUUUGUUCCACUCGGUGGAAACACGGCUCAUGUUUAGUUAUAUGCACUGACUUCUUGCCAUAUUUGUGUCCUGGUGGACAGAAUAACAACAGGACCGCACAUAAAAUGGACUGUGUGCUUUAAGUUCAAAGAUAAUCUGGUCCAAAUUGGAGUUGUUUCCAUGUGGACGCUCAAUAUUUGAAUAAACGGAUGUUUGUGAACAUCACAAACAUCUUCUGCUAUCUUUUAUUUACUUUAUUCUUUUCAUAAUUUAGUGUUGAUGAUGAUUUAGUUUUACCCACAUAGAUACUGUACACGUUUUUUCUCUCCCCCACUCCCCCACGCACUGGAAGCAAGUGAAUGUCGCAGUCACAGAUGAUGGAAGGACUCGGUGCCAAGACGCCGUGACUGUUGGACGCACGCAGGCAGCGCGCACUCCAGGCGCACACCGGCUCUCUUUUCUUCCCUUAGAUUUUCUUUUUCUUAGUUUUUUAAUCUUUUUUCCCUUUUUGCUAUUUUUUUUCCAUCUCUAAACAGCCAGGAGUCGAAAUAUCGCUUGGAGGUAAAAUGACCCGAGAGAUGCAUUAGUGGCGUUAAUCACCAGCUCCAGUGAAGGCGGCAGUGUGGGCGGCUGAUCGUCAGCGCCGUGCGCAACGGAGAGAGAGAGAGAAAGAAAGAGAGAGAGAGAGAGAGAGAGAGAGCAGGUGGAUGGAGAGGAGAGGAGAAGCUGGCGGGAUGAAGCUUUCCAGCAGCAGCAGCAGCGCAGCGCAGCCGCGCCGGAGCGGCCGGACUCCCUGUUCUCUGGUGACGAACAUGUCGCCACUAUGGACUUGAGACGAGGACGACGGUCGUUCGUGAAAAAUGUAUCUUGCUCUUUUACCAUCUCCCUGCAGCUGGGAUGUGAUACUUGUGGUUUCUUGUGCUUGAAAAUCCUCAAACCCAAAACCCUGAGCCCCCCAGACCCCCCAAGUCCUAAAUCCCCUGUUCCCCCUUAUCUACGAAUUGUCCCUCAAUCCUUAUUUCCACUAGCUUUUGCAUUAAAAUCAGUGUUUUUAAGCAGCUAAAUCCAAAGCCACACCACCUUUACCUCUUACUCCCCAUUAUUUUAGAUUACAGCCAUUUAAGUCCCACAAACCCUUUCAGCCACCAUGGCAUUGGAUCCGUGGCCCUUUCUCUCAACUCCCCCAAACACCUCCAUCCCCGAGCCCCUCCUAUACGACAGCUUCUUCCAAGGGAACGAGACCGACCUGGACUCGAACAUCUCCGAGACCAGAGUGCACCACCAGGACAAGACCAGCUCUGUGGUCAUCACCUUCAUCUACUUCAUGGUGUGCGCCAUGGGACUGUGCGGCAACACCCUGGUCAUCUAUGUCAUCCUGCGGUACGCCAAGAUGAAGACGGUGACCAACAUCUACAUUCUGAACCUGGCGGUGGCAGACGUCCUGUGCAUGAUGAGCCUUCCCUUCAUUGCCCUGCAGCUGGCGCUGGUGCACUGGCCGUUUGGAGAGGCUCUGUGCAGACUGAUCAUGAGUGUAGACUCCCUCAAUCAGUUCACCAGUAUCUUCUGUCUGAUGUUGAUGAGCAUCGAUCGGUACCUGGCCGUGGUCCACCCUAUUAGGUCGACAAAGUGGCGGAAGCCCCGCGUUGCCAAGUUAAUUAACCUGAUGGUCUGGGGGGUGUCGAUGUUAGUCAUCCUCCCAACUAUGAUCUUCAGCGGCCUGAACAAGCUGCCGGUGUGUGGCAUCGUGUGGCCGGAGCCCCAGAACGUCUACAACACCGCGUUCAUCUUCUACACCUUUUUCAUUGGAUUCUUCCUGCCCCUGUUCGUCAUAUGUAUGUGCUACCUGCUCAUUAUAGUGAAGGUGAAGUCAUCCGGCAUGAGAGUGGGCUCCACCAAACGCAAGCGGUCAGAGCGCAAGGUGACGCGCAUGGUGUCCAUCGUGGUGGCCGUGUUCGUGCUCUGCUGGCUGCCUUUCUACAUAUUCAACCUCACCUCCGUCACCAGCUCAAUCAGCCCCACCUCCGCCGUGAAGAGCGCCUUUGACUUCGUGGUGGUCCUCGGCUACGCCAACAGCUGCGCCAACCCCAUCCUCUACGCCUUCCUGUCGGACAACUUCAAGAAGAGCUUUCAGAACGUCCUGUGCCUGAAGAAGGUGGCGGGCCUGGACGAGGUAGAGCGCAGUGACAGCAGAGCGGACAGGAGCAGGAUGAUGGUCAACGACUCCGUCAUCAUCAACGCCAACCUGGAGACUCACAACGCCGCUCUGCUCAAUUGCGAGCUGCAGACGAGCAUCUGAGGGAAAGCCAGUUCAGACGUGUUUGGAGCUGCCAAGUGACCUCUGCUCAACGUUAGCGGGGGCGGGAGGAUGAUGUAACACGGACACAUGAACAAAGUCUAAGUGAAGGGUUUUCAAAGAUUGAUAUUUGAGUGAAUGAGUUAAAUUGCGGUGGUUGACCCUGAGCUAACGCAAGAGUGUUGCAGCAGUUGUUUUUGUUUGGACUGAAAUGAUUUCCCACACAACUAAAAAUCAAACGCUAAUAGAAUUGACUUCUGGUGUCAGAAGAAUUCAAAACGAGACGGAUUGGAGAGCAGACUGCUGUGGACUCACUGGAGAAAAUCUGUUUCAAGUUUAGAGACAGAGGACUGAGGUAGUUCAAGCUUUAUCUGUGACUUUCUUUGAAGGAGUUCUCCAGAGCUAAGGCCUUGAUUGAAUGUGGAAAUACAGUCGGAGAAGUCAGGCGCCGUACUUCUCUCUCGAGACCUUUGAGCGAUAAAAAUCGACAAACGAAGCGAAAAGAUGAAUAGUUUCCUGGUCACGUUUUAUUCGUGCCAGCUGAUAAGUCUGGUCUUAAAUGAGGAACGGGGCAACAGAAUGGCAAUCUCACAAACGGAGGAUGCUCGGAUUCUCUUCUAGGAGGCAUUUUUUGCAUUGAUUUGGAAACGCUCGAGUCAAACAUCUUGGAUUAUUGAUCCUGGGCAAGUAUGGUGGAAGCAUCUCUGGAGCCGCCCUGACCUUGCUAAGAUCAAAACAGCAUGGCCUUGUAAAUAGGAAAUGUUUUCUCCAUCAAAUUUCCGAGGGAAACUUAUUAGCAUAGAUGAUUUUUUUUUGUUGGAACCAAAAAAAAAAUGCUGUAAAAUUCUGCAUCAAGGGUUUAUUUGUACUUUAUAUGUCACUGCAUCCUGCUGUGUGUUGCAGCUAAAAAAAAAAAAAAAUAGAAAAAAGAGCCCAUUUGUCAAGCACUGUGUUUCAAAAAUGUAAUGUUUCGUUCUGAUUUCACGCCGACACGUUGCUGCCCUUCGGCUUCACGUCGGCUCUGCUCGCAUGUGCUUGCGAAAAAAAACAACCCAAAAAAACAAACCUCAAUCUCAGAAGAAGACUUGGGAAAGAGAGGGAGGAGAAGACGGUGAUAACAGGACACGAAGGGUCAAAGCUUGAGAAACGAAGAGAGGAAGACGUGCGGAACAUCCUGUGUGUAUAUAUAUGCAUAAAUGUUCUUUUUUGGAAUAUUGUACUCUUAAUAUGUAACUUCACUCUCAAAACAGAAAUCACAGGAUGCCUGUUUUGGCUCAAGCGCUGUACUGAAGUCGGUGGUUUGUCACAGAACUGAUUUACUAUAAGUACAUUUGUGAGUUUGUUAGAUUUCAGCCAAUACAUCCUGUUAAUUAAAUAGAUCUAAAUAUU